AUGCUAAUGACGCAGGCAUUCUGGCCAUGCUCCGACUGUUGUAACGGCCAUUGGGCCCCCAGCUGGUCCGGCGUCGGCGACAGCUGUCUCGGUGCCAUCAGCUACCUCCCGGCAUGGUUCGCCCUGCUCGUCGUCCUCUGCCGCUACGCCUUGGGUCCCGCAUGGCGCCGACGGCCUCUCUGGUUGCGGACCUUCGCCGCAGAGCCCAAGGAUGCGACCGACGCAGCAAGAGAUGAGGGGCUGGAGACGCCCGAUCUCAACAGCUGUGGCGAUGAGGACCUGCCCCUACUGCCCAAGGUCCGGGCUUGGCACUGGCCGGCCGUCUGCAUCCUGACCUUGUCUGUUCUAGGGCUGGCGUUUGGCCUCGUCCUGACAUUCGCAUUUGGAUUUGGCCCUGUGUUUCUGGUCCCUGUUGUGCCUUGUCUCCUGACCGCGCUCAUCGUGGCCAUUGACCGCCCGCGUACCGCUCCCGGAGCAGUCUUGCUCGUCCAGGGCGCCCUCCUCGCCGUCCAAACGGCCCUCGCCAUGUUCAUCCCGGCCACCCUGCACUGGCCCUCGGGCCUGUUCUCCCUCACGCAACUCGGCAUCUCUCUGUGCAUCAUCGUCACCGUGCUCGCCAUGCCUCUGCGUGACCCACGCCUCGAUGCUCGCGACAUCUGCCUGCCUUUCGAGACGCCGACGUACCGCCAGCGCAGCCCCGAGGACGUCAUCACGCCCUGGCAGUGGAUGACCGUGUCGUGGAUGUCGCCGCUCAUCUCCAUCGCCUUCAACCGCCAGCUGCAUGACGAGGAUGUGUGGCUCUUGCCAUACGAGUUUCAGCAUCUGAGGCUGCACCUGCUCUUCCGCGAGGUCCGGGGCUCGGUCACGGCGCGCAUCUUGAAGGCCAACAUGACGGAUCUGAUCAUCACGUCCUGCCUGGGUAUUCUCGAGUCGGUGGCAUCUCUGUUGCCUAUCGUGCUACUCAAGCAGCUCUUGAGCGCACUACAGGGACCACAGCGUGACGCGAGGACCGCUAUCGUCUAUGCUAUGCUCAUGGCGUUCUGCAACCUCGUCCGCGACCAGUCGGGCGUUUUCUCCCUCUGGUACAGCCGGCGCUGCUACGAGCGGUCUAGAGGCGAGAUGAUCACCAUGAUCUACGAAAAGACCCUCCGCCGCAAGGCCUUCACCUUCCCAGGCCACCACGACGGCGACGCCGCCACCACCCCAGACCCGUCUAGGGUCGAGGGCCCGGCUUCCAUGGGCAAGAUCCUCAACCUGAUGCGCAACGACGUCUACGAGGUGGCCCAGCGCUUCUGGGAGUUCCCCAGCCUCUUCAUCAAGCCCAUGAACUUCAUCCUGUCCCUCGUCCUCAUCUGGAACAUCCUCGGCCCGGCCUCGCUGCUCGGCAUCCUCAUCGUCGUCGCCGCGCAGGUCGUCAACGGCUUCGUCCUGCGCGUGCUGUACCGCUGGGAGGUCGCGCGCCGCGCCGUCACCGACCUCAAGCUGCAGGCCACGUCGCAGUUCGUCGAGGCCAUCCGCCACCUGCGCUGGUACGACUGGCAGGACAAGUGGCUGGCGCGCAUCAUCCUCGCGCGCAACAAGGAGCUGCGCUGGAGGGUGGCCAACCUGCUGCUGCAGCGGGCCGUGGACCUGAUGAACCAGCUCGCGGCCUUCUUCUUCCCCGUCGCCGCGUUCUACGCCUACACCGUCAUCGGGAAGCGGCCCCUGUCGGUGGACAUUGCGUUCCCCGCGCUCAGCCUGUUUACGAUCCUGCAGACGAGCCUGAGGGAGCUGCCUGCCCUGAUCACGGUGCUGGUCAACGCCGCCGUGGCGAUGCGCAGAAUCGAGGGGUUCAUGGCGGAGCCGAACAAGGAGGAGCACUUCGAGGACAGGCUCCUCGACCCCACGCUCGGCGAGCUCGAGAUCAAGGUGGCCCACGCCGACUUCUCCUGGCCCGGCUCGCAGGAGCUGGUGCUGCGCGACGUGAACCUCGAGAUAGGCCCGGGCCUGACGCUCGUCUGCGGCAAGGUCGGGUGCGGUAAGACCGCCCUGCUCCACGCGAUCCUCGGCGAGCUCGACCAGAGCGCGGGCGAGAAGAAGGUCCCCGAGGAGAUGAUUGGGUACUGCACGCAGACGCCCUGGCUGCAGAGCAUGAGCAUCCGCGAGAACAUCCUGUUCUCUGCGCCCUACGACGAGAGGCGGUACAGGCAGGUGCUCGACGCCUGCUGCCUGCUGCCCGACCUGGUCAACUUCAAGGCCGGCGACCUGUCGCUCAUUGGCGAGAACGGCGUGGGCCUUUCGGGAGGGCAGAAGGCGCGCGUGGCGCUGGCGAGGGCCGUCUACAGCCGGGCGAGGAUGUUGCUCCUCGACGACCCGAUCGCGGCGCUGGACCACAACACGGCCGAGGCGAUCAUGGGCAAGCUCUUCAAGACUUCUGGGCUGAUGAAGGACAGGCUGGUCGUGUUUGUCACACAUCGCGUGGAUCUGGUCUCCAAGUACGCCGUGCAGACGCUCGAGGUUGGAGAAGAUGGGACGGUCCAGCGAGUCGAGGAGGAUCUACUCGAUCUGGACUCCAAGCUACUGCAUAAGAUCACAUCGAACGAGGAGGUUCCUGUCGAGGAUGACGAGGAGGGCGAGAACGAGGCGAUCCCCGACAAGUUCAUCGAGGAGGAGUACCGCGCCCACGGCAGGGUCAUGGCCUCGGUCUACUGGCGCUACGUCAAGGCAGGCAAACUGCGGUGGUGGGCCGCCAUCAUCCUGUGCUUCAUCCUCUUCCGCGUCACCAACGUGGCCUACUACUACUUCCUCAAGAUCUGGGGCGAGGCCUACGACUCGGCAGCGGCGAGCGAGCAGCCGCGCAUCACGGCACAGACCGCCGUGUCCUCCUACGGCGUGCACAGCCGCGUCUCCGACACGGAGUCGGGCGGGUGGUUCAACUACGCCGACCUGGGCCUGCCGUCGCCCGACGACGACGUGCGGCCCUGGCUGUUCUGGUUCCUGAUGCUCUCGAUCGCGCAGGUCGUCGUGCAGCUGCUCUCGGACCUCGUGCUCAUCGUGCUCACCUACAAGGCCGGCAAGAAGAUCUUUGAGCAGGUCAUGCAGCGCGUCAGCAACGCCACCUUCCGCUUCUUCGACGUCACGCCCGUCGGCCGCCUCAUGAACCGCGUCACGUCCGACAUCGGCACCAUCGACGGCCAGAUCGCCUACCAGAUCUACCAGGUCGCCUACCACGGCGUCGUCUGGGUCUCGGCCAUGGCCGUCAUCGCGUCCACGACGCCCGUGUUCUUGGUCCUGGCGCUCGCCACCACGGCCUCCUUCGUGCUCAUCUUCCGGCGCUUCCUGCCGGCCACGCAGUCCCUGCGCCGGCUCGAGAUGGUCUCGCUGUCGCCGCUCAUGUCCAACUUCGGCACCCUGCUCGAGGGGCUGACGACGGUGCGCGCCUUCCGCGCCCAGCCGCACUUCCAGAACCGCAUCAUCGUCACGACCGACGCCUUCCAGAAGAUGGACCACUUCUACUGGUCCCUGCAGGCCUGGCUGCUCAUCCGCCUCGACGCCCUGGGCGCCCUGUCCAGCUUCCUGCUCACGCUCGUCGCCGUCCGCUCCGGGCUCAGCUCGGGCACCGUCGCCUUCGUGCUCGCCACGGCGGCCAACUUUGUCGACACCACGCACGCCAUGUGCCGCAAGUACGGCGACCUGCAGAUGCAGUUCGUCAGCGUCGAGCGCGUCAUCGAGCUGCUCGACCUCGAGCAGGAGGAGCCCGGCGACGUGCAGCCGCCCGCGGCCUGGCCGGCGGCCGACGACGAUGUGGUCUUUGAGGGCGCGACGGUGCGGUACGCGCCGCACCUCGAGCCCAGCCUGCGCGGCGUGUCGGUGCGCAUCCCCGCGCGCUCGACGGUCGCGGUCACGGGGCGGACGGGCUCGGGCAAGAGCACGCUGGCGCUGGCGCUGCUGGGCACGGUGCUCGCGCACGGCGACGGCGAGCAAGGGGGCGGCGGCGGAAGCGGGAUCCGGAUCGGCGCCAUGGACGUCGGGCGCGUGGACAAGCACGCGCUGCGGCGGCGCAUCAGCUUCGUCGCGCAGGACCCCGUGCUGUUCCCCGGCACGCUGCGGGAGAACCUCGACCCGGUCGGGGAGCACUCGGACGGGGAGUGCGCGGCGGUGCUGGAGCGCGUGAUGCGCGAGUCUGGAGGCGGCGGCGGCGGGGCCGGCGGCGGGGAGGGCCUGACGCUGGGCAGCCGCGUCGACGGCGGGGGGAAGAACCUGAGCCAGGGGCAGCGGCAGCUCGUGGGUCUGGGCAGGGCGGUGCUGAGGAGGAGCCCCGUUGUUAUUUUGGAUGAGGCUACGGCGUCGAUCGACAUGAAGACUGCGUUCUACAUACAGCAGGUCCUCCGGGAGGAGCUGCGCGACAGCACGGUCAUCACGAUUGCGCACCGGCUCGAGGCUGUCAAGGAUGCGGACUUUUCGAUAGUGUUGGAUAAGGGCCAGGUCGUGUAUGCUGGUCCGGUUGGUGGUGGGCAGGCGGAGAGGGAGGAAGACGACGACCAAGAAGAGGAGGAAUAA